CUCGGAAGCAUCCUUGGACAUAGAAGAUCAUCGCAUCUGAAAAAUCGUCCAAUUAAUUAGAAUGCCUUCUUUUGAUGAUGACCCUCUGCAAUUGGAAUUUAUAGUCCCUAAAAAGACUGAUAUGAGGAUGACAGAUGACCUGACACCCAGUGUUGUGUUGAAAAACAACCGUUUAUCAAAGCCUAAGGACUGUGAUGCAGAUAUAGCCAGCGGAAAAGCAUCACCAGACAGCUGCGAAACUUCUAAGGAUUGCGGCACAGAAAAAGACGAACCCCUAGAGCAAGCCCAGUUCUCAGAUCCUUUGCAGAGUGUUGGUGGAGAGUGCUCCGAUCUCGAAGAAGAUUGUCGAGAUCGAGGAGUGUAUUUUGCAGAAACAGUCGAUUUUCCAGAUAGCCCCCUACACUUGAAACUCCUCAAGAAGAGAAGUAGAGAGGCGCAGGGUCUUGAUACUGAGGAUGAUGAUGAGGAAGAAUCAACUACAUUUUCGAUCAUGGGAAAAGGAAAUCAUCAUUCCAACAAAUCCAGAAAAGAGCGCCCCAAAACCUUAAAUACGUCAAAUGUACGAAAUGCGGAUUCACGACGAAAGAUCACUGUAAACCCUGAUGUGUUGAACUCGGACAUGCUGCGUGAUGUGGACGACGAUCAGAAGAGCCUAGACUCACUUAGCAACAAGAGCGACGUUCUCUCCCCUCUAGAUGGACUCACCACUCCUGAUGACAUCGAUACCCCCGACGACCUUGAUGAUGAUCUUUUUGAUACUACUGAAGAGAUACGGGAUGAGACAAGAGACAGCACUCAUUGGAAAACUUGCGUUGUUGGCGGUGAAGAGCGAAGAAUAGACAUGAAAGUGAUUGAGCCUUACAAGAAGGUGCUUUCUCACGGAGGUUACAUUGGAUCGACCAACCUUGCCAUCAUCGUAUUCAGCGCGUGCUAUCUUCCAGAUCGUAGUCGGCUAGAUUAUGAUUACGUUAUGGAUAAUUUGUUUUUGUAUGUUCUGACAACUCUUGCUCAGCUGGUUGCUGAAGAUUAUGUUCUAGUCUAUUUGCACGGUGCAACUUCUCGCAGUUGUAUGCCUAGUUUUGGAUGGCUUAAGAGAUGUUAUCAAAUGAUCGACAGAAGGUUAAGGAAAAAUCUCAAAGGACUUUACCUCGUGCAUCCUACAUUCUGGUUGAAGACUAUUGUAAUAAUGACUAAACCAUUUAUCAGUUCAAAAUUCAGUCGUAAACUGCGAUUUGUGAACAACCUUCAAGAGCUGGAAGAACUUAUUCCUAUGGACCAUGUUUGUAUUCCCGAUAAAGUUAAAGAAUUUAACGAAAAGAGGCUUAUGAUGGCUUAACUGGAUGCCUG